UCGGGGCCACGCGCCCUUGGCCGCCACCCCCGCCAUGGGUCCGCUGAGCUCCCCGGCGCGCGAGCCGCCGCAGCCCGAAGAGGAGCGGCAGCUGCGGAUCAGCGAGAGCGGCCAGUUCAGCGACAGGCUGGAGGACCGAGGUUUACUAGAAAGCAGCACCCGACUAAAACCUCAUGAAGCCCAGAACUACAGAAAGAAGGCAUUGUGGGUGUCCUGGUUCUCCAUUAUUGUCACACUGGCCCUUGCCGUGGCAGCCUUCACUGUCUCCGUUAUGAGGUACAGCGCCUCUGCUUUCGGGUUUGCAUUUGAUGCCAUCCUCGAUGUCCUGUCAUCAGCGAUUGUCCUGUGGCGUUACAGCAAUGCAGCCGCCGUACACUCUGCCCACAGGGAAUACAUAGCCUGUGUCAUCUUGGGGGUGAUAUUCCUUCUGUCGUCCAUAUGUAUAGUGGUCAAAGCUAUCCAUGACCUCUCAACUAGGCUGCUUCCAGAAGUGGACGAUUUCCUGUUCACUGUCUCCAUUUUAAGUGGGAUCCUUUGCAGCAUCCUGGCCGUGUUGAAGUUUAUGCUGGGGAAGGUUCUGACGAGCAGAGCGCUCAUAACUGACGGGUUUAAUUCCCUUGUGGGCGGUGUGAUGGGCUUCUCCAUUCUCCUGAGUGCAGAAGUGUUUAAGCAUAACACGGCUGUCUGGUACCUGGACGGCAGCAUAGGUGUGCUCAUCGGCCUCACCAUAUUUGCCUACGGGGUCAAACUCCUCAUCGACAUGGUGCCAAGGAUGAGGCAGACCCGCCACUACGAGAUGUUUGAGUGAAGGUGGCUGCGGGGCCAAGCUGGCUGCCCCAUCAGCAUGAAGAACGUCAAGACCACA